GAACACAUCCAACCAACGCAGCCCCUCUACACUCUACUGCCUUACCCGUUCUUUUGGCCGGCAGCACCAACCAACGACUCUACCUAACUUUCAGGGCAAUCUAUCAAUUGGAUGAAUUCGCUUUCUACCACCCCUCCAGCGCCCCGCUUCCUCGACUUCUGAACAUUUCUACGAAGCCGCAACACCCCUCCUCGAACAGCAUGCCUGGACCAGAGCAGGAGGGUGCUGCGGUGCCAGCGGCGCAGAAGGGGUCAUGGAGCGGCUUCAUCAAGCAAUUGGCCUCUUUCAAUGGUGAUCUUAGCACCAUGACUGCGCCAGCCUGGAUCCUUUCCACCUCUUCUCUUACAGAGUUCUCGGCAUACUGGGCAGAAAUGCCCAAGCUUCUUGUAGCGCCAGCAGCUGAAGAGGAUCCUCAAAAGCGCAUGUGUCUUGUCCUCAAGUGGUUCCUCAGUACGCUCAAGCAGCAAUACGCCAGCAGAAAUGAAAAGCUCGGAAGUGAGAAGAAGCCCUUAAACCCAUUCCUUGGAGAACUGUUCUUGGGCAAAUGGGAAGAUGAGUCUGGCGAAACACAACUGGUGAGCGAGCAGGUCUCGCACCACCCGCCGGUGACAGCAUACAGCAUUCGCAACGAAAAGCAUGCUGUUAGGCUGGAAGGAUACAAUGCGCAGAAAGCAAGCUUUGGUAGGACAAUCUACGUAAAGCAGGUCGGUCACGCGCUACUCCAUUUGGACAAGUUCAAGGAGACCUACCUGAUUACGCUACCCUCUCUACAUAUUGAGGGAAUUAUAGGAGGAAAGCCGUACGUAGAGCUCGACAAGAGCAAUUACAUUGUCUCAUCGUCUGGAUACACAGCACGGAUAGACUACUCUGGAGCUGGCUGGGUGUCAGGAAGUCCGAACCGGCUCAAUGCUGUGGUCUUCCCCCACGGCAAGGAAAAGAGCAAAAGCGCCGUCAUCUUCACUGCAGAAGGCAGCUGGACCGACAAGUUCACAAUCAAAGAUGCCAACAAGAAAGUGGUAGAGGAAUACAACGCGAAGACGGAGCCGAAAGCCAAGCUUCUCGUGGCGGAUAUCAAAGACCAAGACCCUCUCGAGUCACGACGAGCAUGGAAGACCGUGGCAGACGCCAUCCUCAAAGGAGAUAUGAACGCCACGUCAGUCGAAAAGACCAAGAUCGAGGAGCACCAACGUGCUCAACGGAAGAAGGAGCAAGCCGAGGGUCGUGAUUGGGACCGAACCUUCUUCACGAGAGCCAACGACUCCCCGAUCUUCGAGCAGCUCAUUAAGGAAGUGCCAUAUGGCAGCCUGGAGAAGGACCAGACCGGGGGAGUGUGGUGCUUUGACGAGCAAAAGGCAAAGAAUGCCAAAUCUCCAUAUAAUGCCCUCAGCAAGGAGAUUGAAAAUGGAUGGUAGAGGAGCACUUGCUCGCGCCCAGCAGCUCGAAGGGGGCGACAAGAAGUAUCAUGGAUGUAAUGAUCAAGCCUACGAAGUCAUGCUGUACGAUACGAGAUGAGGUUGGAAGGAAAUGAUUGCAUGAUAGCACGCACAUACCUUGAACAGCGGUGCGUAAGCGUAGGACUAGAUAGCAAAUCCAAAUGAAGGAAAUGUUUCCUAC